UGGACCACGAAACAAGCACUUCGGGAGCCGCUAUGUUUAUAUUCUGUAACUUUUUUCACAUUGCAUAGUUUUGGAGUAAAAGUUGUUUUUCCUUGUAGGGAUGGAGCACGCACUUAUUUCACUCGAGACAGAUCAUUGAAACUGAAAUAGAAAACAGUUGAGAACCCACUGUGAGUUGUUGGCAGCUGUGAUGCGGUGUAGCUGCAGCAGCCUCGAUCUAAGACCGCUGGACAGGAGCCGAGAGCAGGUUACACAUCUCCAAAUAUGCGCGUAAUUGGAGUGUACUGGCGAGGCGUCCCUUGCACCCCUUCCGAGAUAACGUUGUCGUGAUGUACAAUACUUCGGAAAUUGAGCUCACUUUUAACAAGAGGGAGGAUAUUUCCGAAGUUAUCAAUGGCACUCUGCAGCUUCUAUACAACGUCCUCGUCACCAUCAGUCCCACAGCCAUGUGGAACGAGUCGUGCGGGGAGCAGCUGCAGGAUUUCGGGCACCCGGAGAAGAUCAUUAUCGGGGUGAUGUUGGCGAUCAUCACGGCGGUCACCGUCAUGGGGAACACGCUGGUGGUGAUCGCUGUGUGCGUGGUGAAGAAACUGAGACAACCUUCAAACUACCUUCUGGUAUCUCUAGCAGUGGCGGACCUGUCAGUGGCUAUAGUUGUGAUGCCUUUCGUAAUAGUGACAGACCUGACCGGGGGCAAGUGGCUUUUUGGAGAGGUGUUCUGCAACAUCUUCAUCGGCAUGGAUGUAAUGUGCUGCACUGCCUCCAUCAUGACCCUGUGUGUGAUCAGCGUCGAUAGAUAUCUGGGGAUCACACGGCCCCUCACCUACCCAGCCCGGCAGAACGGUCAGCUAAUGGCGAAGAUGAUCCUGGGAGUGUGGCUGGCGUCAGCAUCCAUCACCCUGCCACCAUUCUGUGGCUGGGCCAAAAACGUCCACACAGCCGGUGUGUGCCUCAUUAGCCAAGACUUUGGCUACACCAUCUAUUCCACAGCUGUAGCCUUCUACAUCCCUAUGCUGGUCAUGCUGGUCAUGUACUACAAGAUAUUCAGGGCAGCUCGCAAGAGUGGCGCCAAGCACCGCUUCACCGACCUUUCGCGCCGCGAGCGCCUCGAAACAGUAACUAAUGAGGCGCUGCGAAUGCAGGGCCUGAAGCCGCUCGGUGUGGUGGAGGAGUGCGCGGCCUUGUCCCGCCUGCUGAACCGUGAGCGCAGGAACAUCUCCAUCUUCAAGAGGGAGCAGAAAGCAGCGACAACACUGGGGGUGAUCGUGGGGGUCUUCGCUGUGUGCUGGCUGCCGUUCUUCAUCCUGUCCACUGCCAGGCCCUUUAUCUGUGGAGUGGAGUGUAGUUGUGUGCCCAUCUGGCUGGAGCGCACGCUGCUCUGGUUAGGCUACGCCAACUCCUUAAUGAACCCCUUCAUCUACGCCUUCUUCAACCGAGACCUGCGCUCCACUUAUCGUGACCUUCUCCGCUGUCGUUAUCGCAACAUCAACCGCAGACUGUCUGCUGUGGGCGUGCAUGAGGCUCUCAAGGUUUAAAGCAGGGUACUUCAGCAUCAUAUAUCGAAUCUCAAAAAGAGGGGUAUGGCAGCCCUGUGCUUGUGCACUUGGUGCUUACAAGGCAACAUGUAGCCUUCACAGCAGGCCUGUAGAUAAGACAAAGACUGGCGAAAUGGGAGUCACUGAUGGUGGCACUUUGGCCCCUCCGCAAAGGCAGAGAGACAGCGCAAUCACUUAAUUUUGUGUGUGACUCAGUCAUUCUAUUUUGGGAAAGAAAAUCACAGAGCGUACUUGAUGGGCUAUUCAAGUCGACACUGCUUUUGUGCAUAUGCCACAAUUCCGUCCUGGCUCGGGAUUCAUGGAAGGAUAAUGUAGUGACAAAGAAAAUUACACGUAAACACAAUCAAUCAUCCUAGGGCUUUCAGAGGAAACAAAAAGUAAACAGAUUUUUGUAUAUUUACAAAAUUGAUGUUUGAUUAGGAAAAAACAUUUGUUAUGUGGCACAUAUCUUUUGAACAUCUUCAUCUAAACACGCAUUUGAGUACGAUUAAGUAAGUAAGAUUAAUUUCAAACAGAGAGUGAACACUGAGGUUCAUUGUGCUUUGUGCCAGGAUUAAAAUAUUUUUAUAUCACUUAAUCUCCAGUCAUACUUUUCAAUUUGUCCUCUCACUAAAUUUAACAGGAGCACCUUAAAUCUUUCACAAAUGUUUAAAGUGUGAUGAUGAUGAGGGAAUGAAGGUGGGUGGAAAAUCGUGUUAAAAUGAAACAUGAAGGGAAAAUUUCCAUUUUAUUUCAUUGUUUGCUGCUAAAAAAUAAACUGAAAGUAGUUUGCUUAGUGUCUGCAUGAAACAUAUGUGUCUUACAUGCCACUGUAUACAUAAAUCAUAAGAGAUUCUGAAGUGAAAGACAGUUUGGCAGAAGUGUUUUCUUGUUUCACCCAAACACUUGAUCGCACACUUGAAUUGAAACUGAACUCAAUACUGUAUAUGUCAGAAACCAUGAUACUGUGGACAUCCUCACUCGUUAUUUUUGCCUUGAUCAGUUUCAUUCCACAUUUAGCAGUUGAUAAUACAUCUAACUAGACCUGUUGAACUCUGCAGUUUCCUUUUAAGAAUUGACAUGUUCUUGACACUCACCUGCCCUACUUGUCAACAGUGUUUCUAUCUAAAUUUUGAAUCAGGAUGUGGUCAUCUCCCUCAUGACGUCUCUCUCGUUUAAACUCUUUGGUGACUUGUAUGAACCUGUGUCAAAUGUCAUCAGUCGAGCAGUGCGUGCUUUUUCUACCUCGAUUUUGGAGAUUUCUGUACAUUUCCUCCAAACAGAUGUACCGCUGUCUUGCAUAAUUUUGUAAUUGUGUAAUUUUAUAUCGUGUAAGAUCAAUCUGUCUACAACUGUGCUGUGAUCGCUCUUUUCGACUGCUUUGUCAUUUCAGAAACAAGCUGGGAAGUGGCAAAGCAUGUCAUCACUUUGUAAAUAAAGUAACACUUGGUUCAAAUCUCACUGUGGCCUAGGUUGGGGAGAUGAUUUACAUUAAUGCACACGUAACUGGUUCAGCGAAUCAAAAUUAAUUUUCAAAGAGUGGACAAUCUACACAGGUCUCCUUGCUUUCUAGUCCCACAGAGCUUAUCUUUAUCAAAAGCCACAGUUUGUUGUACAAAAUUCAUUAUCCUUGCUGACUAGACUGGUAUAUAAUGAAAAAUAAAGACCCACCUUAAGGCCUGCUAGAAGCCUUUGAAACAAGAAUUAGCACCAAGGCUGUCAUGCUACUAAAGGACUCUGGAGACUUGUAUGAGGAUGGUGACUCAAAAAGAUGCUUUUAUGCUCUGUCUGCUAAGAGCAGUCUUUCAUUCACAGUGGGCAACAUCUGUCUGCUUGAUUUCAUGACGGAAAUUGUCCUGUAAAGACACAAAGACGAGGAAGAGUCUGAUGUGUGCGAAGUGUCGCGGUCAGAAGGUGUGUAGUU